CCCAAGCCACCCCGGAGCGGAACCGAGUCCCACCUAGAGGCUCCCGGCUAGGCGUGAACUUUUCUCCAGGACCGAGGGACUGAACUUGGCCUGAACCCCUGGGAAGGACUCAAGGCACCCGUAGCCAGCACCGGGCUGAGGUGUCUGCGGCCGGCCUAGGGGACAGCGGUCGGUGGCAAAAGACACCAAGGAAAAGUGGGAACAGAAGCUUGGGGGUGAGUGAAGGGAUUUCGUCUCGCAGUUUUUACGCAGGCUCGGGUCUCCGUGUCUUCUGGGGUGGGCCUGGGCAAGUGCCCUGUCGGCUCUAAGGGAGCCGCCGAGGCCACUGUCCCUUAAGACUGCCGGGGUCCUCAGCACGUGUCUCGGGCUCCAGGAGAGGCUGUGGUCAUGGUGAAUGAAGAGCCCAACCAACAGGAGCACGAUGGCAGCCCAGCGCAGGAGCCUGCCCUGCGCGCGGACCCCAGCACCUCGGCCCACCCCAGCGUCUCCAUUCACCCCAGCGUGUCGGCCCACCCGAGCGUGUCCAUUCACCUCAGCGUGUCAGCCCACCCGAGCGUGUCGGCCCACCCCAGCGUCUCCAUUCACCCCAGCGUGUCGGCCCACCCAAGCAGUUCGGCCCAACCCGGUGGCUUGGCCCAACCCGGUGGCUUGGCCCACCCCAGUAGCUCGUGCCCCGAGGACCUUAGCGUGAUCAAGGUGAGCAAGCGCCGCUGGGUGGUGGUCCUGCUCUUUAGCUGCUACUCCAUGUGCAAUGCCUUCCAGUGGAUCCAGUACGGCUCCAUCAAUAACAUCUUCAUGAACUUCUACGGGGUCAGUGCCUUUGCCAUCGACUGGCUGUCCAUGUGUUACAUGCUGACCUACAUCCCUCUCAUCCUGCCGGUUGCCUGGCUGCUGGAGAAAUUCGGCCUGCGCACCAUCGCCCUCACCGGCUCUGCUCUCAACUGCCUGGGGGCCUGGGUGAAGUUGGGGAGCCUGAAGCCACAUCUCUUCCCAGUCACCGUCCUAGGCCAGAUCAUCUGCUCUGUGGCCCAGGUCUUCAUCCUGGGCAUGCCCUCCCGCAUUGCUUCUGUCUGGUUCGGGGCUAAUGAGGUCUCAACGGCCUGCUCCAUAGCUGUCUUUGGCAAUCAGCUUGGAAUUGCAAUUGGGUUCUUGGUCCCUCCUGUUUUGGUACCCAACAUCGAAGACCGGGACAAGCUUGCCUACCACAUCAGCAUCAUGUUUUACAUAAUAGCAGGCGCGGCUACUCUGCUUUUCAUCCUUGUCAUCAUCGUAUUCAAGGAGAAGCCUAAACAUCCCCCCAGCAGGGCCCAGUCCCUGAGCUAUGCCUUGGCAUCCCCUGAUGCUUCGUACUUAAGUUCCAUUGUUCGGAUCUUCAAAAACCUCAACUUUGUGCUGCUCGUCAUCACCUACGGUCUGAAUGCUGGUGCUUUUUAUGCCUUGUCCACUCUGCUGAAUCGCAUGGUGAUCUUGCACUACCCGGGGGAAGAAGUGAAUGCUGGAAGAAUAGGCCUGACCAUCGUCAUUGCAGGAAUGCUUGGGGCUGUGAUCUCAGGCAUCUGGCUGGAUAGGUCGAAAACCUACAAGGAGACAACCCUGGUGGUCUACAUCAUGACAGUAGUGGGCAUGGUGGUGUACACAUUGACCUUGAACCUGGGAUAUCUGUGGGUAGUGUUCAUCACUGCUGGCACAAUGGGCUUCUUCAUGACUGGCUACCUCCCGCUGGGAUUUGAGUUUGCUGUGGAGCUGACAUACCCAGAAUCAGAAGGCAUGUCGUCUGGCCUCCUGAAUGUGUCUGCCCAGGUAUUCGGGAUCAUCUUCACCAUCUCCCAGGGCCAGAUUAUUGACAACUACGGAACCAUGCCUGGGAACAUCUUUCUCUGUGUUUUCCUCACCCUUGGAGCAGCCCUCACUGCAUUCAUUAGGGCAGAUCUUCGGAGGCAGAAAGCAAACAAAGAAACUCCUGAGAAUAGACUCCAGGGGGAGGAGGAGGAGGAGGAGGAGAGCAACACCAGCAAAGCGCCCACCACUGUGUCCGAGGAGCAUCUCUGAGAGAAAAGGUGGCCAGCACUCCCCACCUCUUCUGUCAGCGCUCGCUGCCGGCACGCAGGUCUUCGCUGGAGCAGCUUUUGGAGGGAACCGGCUGGAAUGUUUGUGGCUUGGACGGCAGUGCCUCUGACUCCUGGAACCCACUCAAGAGCUUGCACGGUCUAGCGGGGGAAGAUGGUACCUUUCACCGAACGCACGCUCCAUACCGGCCCCCUCCCCCUGGCAGGCUGAGGGAGCUGGUGUUGGGAGAGACUGGUGGAGAAUGGGGGUCACCUGCAUCCCGCAAGGAGGGAGCCUGCAAAAUUAUCACGGAGAGAAAGCUUAUUCAGGAUAUUAACUUUUUCUAGAAUGGCAAGACCCCUGGAAGCCCAGUUCUAAGGAGAGGCAGCUGCUCUGGGUGAGGGUAAUUUUGGGCUCAUCACACUGGCUGCUGAUGUUCUGGGGGAGAGAAAGCGCCAGCAGGAAACAUCAGAACAGACCCAUCAGGACUCGGCCUCGCUUCUCCUGCCCUAAGGUUGGGGUCUGUUUCCAGACCCUUUCCUGAGAGCUGAUCAAACCAAACAUCAAUAAACUUGACAGAACCUUUGCUGUGGCCAUGAAGGAGAAACCCGUUGGGGAGGGUGACCUGCCUAGGUGUGGGAGGGCGCUGGUGAAGGCCUGAAUUUGGGAACUGUGGUAGCUUGAUGUGGGGACAGAAGGGUUCUUUUCUACAAAAUCUCUGCCCAGGACUUGUGUGUGUGUGUGUCGUCACCUCUGAUGCCUUCAUGUGGCCCCUGCCUUGAGAAGCUCUGCCAUCCGCCUCAGCGCUUCCUUUCUCUCAAGGGAGGGAAAUCCCAGCCAACUGCCUUGUAACCUUUACUGAAAACUAACCUUGUUUCAUUCUACCCUGAGAAAUCCACGCUGCUUCUGAGAGAGGAGAGGAAGGGGGCAGAAGGAAAGGCGGCCCCUGAAAUGGGAACUGAGUCUGCUUGAAUGAAGUGCCUCCUGCCUCUGGAGGGGGUGGUUUUCGCACACCCACCCCUUCUCCCCCUCCCCUUCCAGCAAUCAUCUUUUAACAGAUAUUGUGAAUUUAAAGGGAUUCCCUUUAAACCAACCCAGGGUGACCUCCUCGCCUGCCCAGCCUGCUGUCUGGCUCUACUCACAGGCUGGGGUAGUGUCCCCUGAAAAGAAGAUGUUUUAGUAAUUUCUCCUGCAUUGAGCAGCUGUGAUCAUGACCAUUGGUGCUGUUCGGCUGUGACCACUGCCCGGUCUUGGCGUCCGGGGGCAGCCUGGGUUGGCAGGAGGGCCAGGGUGCCUGGGUCAUUGCCCGCGGGGAGCCGUGUGUGUGUGUGUGUGUGUGUGUGUGUGUGUUUGUACAGACAUUCCGGAUGUUCUGUAUGUAAGAGAAGUUCACACUUCUGCUGGGGGGAGUGAUGGGGGUGGAAGAGAGGUGGAAAGAAAGCAUGUCUUGAUUUUUGAUAGGGAGAAAGGUGUUCACUCUUCAGCUCCUUAAAGCUUUUUAACAAAAUGUUUACCAGAUUAUUCAUUCCUUUAUUUUAAAAGCAUAAUUUGUAUUUUCUACUUGUAAUACCGGAUGUUUUAAGACAAUAAAAGAUUCUCUAAGUGGUCUGCCGCGUCAUUAGGUGGGGCAGAGGUGUCUUUCGGCAGUCCUGAGACUCUCACUCAUUUCUGGGGCCUGGGCCGACAGUAUGGGAGGGGCCUGGGGCUAGAGGAGCAGCUCCCCGGGCAUGCUGCAGAGGUGGGUCCUCUGUUUACACAGAUGUGACCCUCCCUGUGGGCUGCUUUUUAAAGACAAGGCUAUAAAAGUGAAUGUGGGCCUGUGCGGUGCCUUGCACCUCACCAUCCCGCCCGUGACCCUGCCUGCCUGCCUUUCGGGCUGUGUACGCCUGCAGACAGUCCACCCAGGGUGGCCGCCCAGAGCCCACUGUGGCUGCUGGCUCGGCCUCAGUGUGGCUGGCCUGUUUGUUCUAUGACUGCACCAUCCUGCCCUGGCCAUAGUCCAUGCUUUCGGCUUCUGCUGUUCUGUGUUGCCAUUUUUCUUCGCAACUGUCCCACCUACUGCCACUUCUCCCUUCCCAGGCGUGUUCGCCUUAUGCUGUGGCUUGGACUUGCUGCUGCUGUCAGUUUUCUGUAUGUUUCUUAGUAAAAUGCACGGUGCCUGUGGUAUUCUGGCACCAUUAUCUGUUGGCAGUUCUCAGCUGAAGAGAGACUUGACAAGUUCUACUUUAAAUCAUCUCGAAAGGGAGCCAAGCCUGGCUGUUAGAGAAUAAUAUUCAUGAUGUGUUCUAUUCUAAACCAUCUCUUUAGAUCCUUUGGGUCUUGUCUUUGCUUAUCUGGAAUUACAUUUCUAUGACGCAUGCUUAGAGGAUCUAAAUCCAAACCAUGCAUGCUUUCAUUCACUUUCUAAGGUGGGCUCCAUGUGGAUCUACACUCACAUGCUAACUCUGUAAGAUCACUGCUUUUUUUACUAUCUCUUGACAAUGGUGAGUGAGGGAUAGUCCAUACCACUGAGCUGUUUUUCUAGAUGUAGUGCUGUGGGGAUGAGGCGUGGUAUCGCUGCAACCACUUUUGGCACCAUAAAAGGAAUCCAGCCUGAGGAUGAAGCCAACAUAGGAGGGCAGGAUUGAGUCCUGAUCAAAUCAUUCCUGAAGACUAUAAUCUCCUUAAUCUUCAGUUUUGUGAGCCAAUAUUAUCUUUAUUGUUUAAGCUAGUUUAAGAUGACUUUGUUCCUUUCACCUAAAGAGUCUUAACUGAUAAAUUCCUAAUGCAUUUAAGUAUCCUCAACUUCAAGCUUCCUGUCAUGCCCUUGCAAGUCCCCUGCCUCCCUUCCUGACCUAUCUCUUACAUUUUGCUUCCUGACUUCACUACGCGGAUCUUACUCCUUGAACAAGAUGGUUCCUACCUUCCAGAUGCUGCUCCCUCUGCCCUAAAUGCCUGCCUCAUAUAUGAAGACAUCUGAUACCCGGGCAUUCAAGGCUCAGCUCAGAUCCCACCUCCUCAGGGAAGCCUUUCCUGACAAUCUAAAUCAUCCACCCCCUACCUUCUUGAUCACAAUACCUUGGUUUCUAGAGUUCAUAUUGUCUGAAGUUGUUCUUUCAUGUGUUGCUUUGUUGAUUGUCCGUUUCCUGGACUACAGUGUAAGGGCCACUGGGAACAGGGGCAUUGCCUGGGUCAUCAUUUCUCUUUCCCAAGUGUCUGGCAUGGACUUAAGUGUUCAAUAAAUACUUUGUUGAACAAUGAA